AUGGCAGUCGCCGGCGGGGGCUUGGCGGGCCCCGUGGAAGUGGCCCUGGUGGCGGCGGCGGGCGAGACCUCUUUGGGACCCGGGAGCGGCGGCUCCUCUUCGAACUCGUCGGGUAGCGGCUGCUGCUCGGUGUGGGAAGUGGGCUCCGGAGCAUCGGUGGCCGGCUACCGCGGGGGCUGCUGCGCCCCUCGUGGGCUGACGCUGCUAGGCGGGGAGCACCUUCUCGGGGCGCAGCUCGGCAAGGCCUGCGUGGGAGCCUGGGAGCUCCAGAGGAAGGAUCAACUCCAGCAGAAGAUAAUAUGCCCAGGCCCAGUGACUUGCCUGACAGCUGCUCCCAAUGGUCUCUACAUCUUGGCCGGCAUUGCUGAAAGCAUCUACCUCUGGGAGGUAUCUAGUGGGAAUCUGCUGGCUAUCCUGAAUCGACAUUAUCAGGACUUAAGUUGCUUGGCCUUCACGGAUGAUAGCAGCCAUUUUCUCUCUGGAGCCAAAGACUGUCUUGUCAUAGUGUGGAGCCUGUACAGUGUGCUACAGGUGGACCACGGCCAGAGCCCUGAGCCCCGCCACGUGUGGUCACGUCACAGCCUUCCCAUCACAGAUCUCUGCUGUGGAGUUGGUGGUCCUUUGGCCAGAGCUGCCACGGCCUCCUUGGACCAAACAGCAAAGUUGUGGGAGAUCUCCUCCGGGAACCUUCUCCUCUCUGUCGUCUUCGAUGUGAGCAUCAUGUCAGUGACCCUUGACCUUGCGGAAUACCACAUGUUCUGUGGCGGGUUGGAUGGUUCCGUCUUCCAGGUUGACCUCUGCUCCUGGCCUGUGCAAAGAGAAAGAGGUUUUCAGUCUGAGCAGGAGAAUGGAAAGCUCUUCAAAGGACAUAGGAAUCAGGUGACGUGUCUCUCCAUCUCCACGGACGGAAGCCUGCUGCUGUCCGGCUCUCAUGAUGAAACAGUUCGGCUGUGGGACAUCCAGAGCAAACAGUGUCUCCGCACCGUGAACUACAAAGGUCCGAUCACAAAUGCUUUCAUAACCCUGGCACCUGCCAACAUGCUGAAUCCGGACAGCAAGCCUCGCAUCCCACUGCCAAAAUUCAGCCGGCAUCUUCAUAGCACAGAGAGCAUGGAAAACUCUGCCAGGGAAGGGCUGACACUGUGUCUGGGGCUGCAUCAGAAGGGGUCGGGAGAGAGCUACUUGGAGAAAUCGGAGCGCUUAUAUCUGCAGAUGUGCUCAACUAGAGAAAAGAACUUGAUGGGAGACCAGGAGCAACUGAAAAUCCAGGUGACAGAACUAGAGGAGGAAGUGAGCACCCUGCGGAAGAUCAACAAGAGUCUCUUCGACUUCUCCAGCUCUAUCAUCACCUCAGCCAAAUAGAACGGCUUCUGAAGCCUGGUUAGAGGUGGAAGGAAAGACAGGAGUCAUCUGGGACACACACAGCCAUUUCCUUCAUGAUAAAGUUCGAUGCAAACGUUACAGAGAGACCCCCUCGGAACCGUGUCUAACUUCAGGGCUGGACAUGGAAGCCUCUAGCAUCUAGGUGUUCCCGGAAGAGGCCUACCCAAAAAAAAAAUCUCUAUGGGUAACAGUAUGGAAGGAGAAUAAUCUAGAAGGGAAGAGAAAUGGCCCCUUUUCUCUUACAGUGCAGCUUCCUACAAGGUCCUUUCAUUCCUCAAACAGAGCAACUGUAGAUGUUCCUCAAGAUGCCACCAUCCCCCUUUCUCCAGUUGGAAAUCACACGGCUGCUUUAGAACUCCUCUUGUACUUGGGAACUUCUGGGCAUUGAAGACAACCAUGGGCUUUGAAUGCAUCCCACUCAGUAGGUGGAACUGCCCUCAUGGUAAUUGGCCAAGGAGAGGGACAAUUGACAAGCAUGAAGAAUGACCCGUGUAGCUGGACUGAGCACAGAACCUUCCUGUCCUCAAGAUCCUGCUGGGAAAAAAAACCCGGAGAGAUGGGGAAGAUCAUAUUUCCUUGUGUUGUCCUCAUUUGGAAAGGGUGAAAAAACCUUCCCUGCAAGGGCAACCUGGCAUGAUAAGAAAAAAAAACAUUUUUUUUUUACCAUCACAGAACAGCAAAAAAAGGGAUGGGUGGGUCUUUUUUACUGACAUGCUACUCUUCUUGCAGAAGAAUUGUGGACUUUUUGUCUGGUCCAUCAUUCUACCAACUUACGCACAGACCUUUUAGCCAACAGGAUGUCUAGUUAGGAUUCUUUCAAGGCAGCUCCUUUGGCUUCUGCACAGUUGCAAGUUUCAGCACCAACCUCAGGAUGCAUCUGUCAUGUAGCAGAUUUACUUUCAUUGGGUUAUCUUGCUUCAUUUUACUUUCUGGUUCUGUCUUCAGCCAAAUUGUUCUUUGUUGUAUUAUG